AACAACAAAUGCCUACAUUGGUUGGUGCUAGAGGGUUUUUUUUGUUUUUAAUGAGCCAGGUAAACCAUAUAAGUUGUCAACAUGGGACGGAGAUCUACAUCAUCCACCAAGAGUGGAAAAUUUAUGAACCCCACAGACCAAGCCCGAAAAGAAGCACGGAAGAGAGAAUUAAAGAAGAACAAAAAACAGCGCAUGAUAGUACGAGCUGCAGUUUUGAAGAUGAAGGAUCCCAAACAGAUUAUCCAGGACAUGGAGAAAUUGGAUGAAAUGGAGUUCAACCCAGUGCAGCAACCACAGUUAAAUGGGAAGGUGCUGAAAGUCAAGCGUAAAAAGCUGCGUGAAACCUUUGAACGUAUUCUACGACUCUAUGAAAAAGAGAAUCCGGACAUUUACGAAGAAUUGAGAAAGCUAGAAGUGGAAUAUGAACAGAAGAGGGCUCAACUUAGCCAAUAUUUUGAUGCUGUCAAGAAUGCUCAGCAUGUGGAAGUGGAGAGUAUUCCCUUGCCAGAUAUGCCACAUGCUCCUUCCAACAUCUUGAUCCAGGACAUUUCACUUCCUGGUGCCCAGCCACGCUCCAUCCUUAAAAAGACCUCAGCCUAUGGACCUCCAACACGGGCAGUUUCUAUACUUGGACAUGGUGUGCCACGUUUGCCCCCUGGUAGAAAACCUCCUGGUCCUCCCCCUGGUCCACCACCUCCUCAAGUCUUGCAAACGUAUGGCCGUAAAGUGGUCUUUGCCCUAGAUCUUCCCCCUCGCAGGCGGGAUGAAGACAUGUUAUAUAGCCCAGAACUUGCUCAACGGGGUCAUGAUGAUGAUGUUUCCAGCACCAGUGAAGAUGACGGAUAUCCUGGGGACAUGGAUCAAGAUAAGCAUGAUGACAGUACUGAUGACAGCACUGAUGACAGCGACACUGACAGGUCAGAUGGAGAAAGUGAAGGGGAUAAAUUUGUGCACCGUGAUGAUAACGAGAGAGACAACAAUGAAGAAAAGAAGUCAGGUCUGAGUGUAAGAUUUGCAGAUAUGCCUGGAAAAUCAAGGAAGAAAAAGAAGAACAUGAAGGAGCUGACUCCUCUUCAAGCCAUGAUGCUUCAAAUGGCAGGUCAGAAAAUCCCUGAGAAAGGACGAGAAGUAGAAGAAUUUUCAGAGGAUGAUGACGAAGAUGAUUCUGAUGAUUCUGAAGCAGAAAAGCAAUCACAGAAACAGCAUAAAGAGGGAUCUCUUUCUGACGGCACAUCUACUACUUCUUCACAGCACCAAGCUCCCCCACAGUCUGUUCCUCCUUCUCAGAUACAAGCACCUCCCAUGCCAGGACCACCUCCUCUUGGACCACCACCUGCUCCACCUUUACGGCCACCUGGACCACCUACUGGCCUUCCUCCUGGACCACCUCCAGGAGCUCCUCCAUUCCUGAGGCCCCCUGGAAUGCCAGGACUCCGAGGGCCUUUACCCCGACUUUUGCCUCCAGGCCCACCACCAGGCCGACCCCCUGGCCCUCCCCCGGCUCCACCUCCAGGUCUUCCUCCUGGCCCUCCUCCUCAGGGACCCCCACCAAGGCUACCUCCCCCUGCACCUCCAGGCAUCCCUCCACCUCGUCCUGGCAUGAUGCGCCCACCUUUGGUGCCUCCACUUGGACCUGCCCCACCUGGGCUUUUCCCACCAGCUCCCUUGCCCACCCCGGGGGUUUUAAGUGCUCCACCCAACUUGAUUCAGCGACCCAAGGCGGAUGAUACAAGCGCAGCCACCAUUGAGAAGAAAGCCACAGCAAUCAUCAGUGCCAAGCCACAGAUCACUAAUCUCAAGGCAAAGAUUACUCGAUUCGUGCCCACGGCAUUAAGGGUACGUCGGGAGAAUAAAGAGGCUGCUGCUGCUCCCCAAAGAAAGUCAGAGGAUGAUUCUGCUGUGCCUCUUGCCAAAGCAGCUCCCAAAUCUGGUCCAUCUGUUCCUGUCUCCGUUCAGACCAAGGAUGAUGUUUAUGAAGCUUUCAUGAAAGAGAUGGAAGGGCUACUGUGACACCUCUUAAUGCCAGAGUGUUUCUGUUCAUACCAGAGGUUGGUGGGGAAAGAGGCUUUUACUAAACUUAGUGAAAGAGCGACUUUCACUGUCAGGGUAUUUUUAAAUUUCAGUUCAAGGAAUAUCCUAAAGUUUAGCCUUGUUCAGAAUUUAUUGCAUAUAAGAGAGGAUUAUUUCAUUUAGAAUAAAUUGGUUAUUGAAGCAGUGCUGCUAACAUCCAUUCCCUUUCAUACCACCGUUUUCAUCCAGUUUGUUCCCCUUCUCCAAUUUUUUGGAAACUUGUGAUCGAGGGGAUCUUGUUACUUAUUUGUUUUGAUUCUCUUCUUGUGUGCAGUGGGCACUGGAGUAGAGAUUUCUGAAAAAAAACAGUUUAUUUUACCCCAUCUUGCCUUUUGUGUUUGAGUUAUUUUAAUAUUUUCUUGUAAAUAUUUUGUAAUAUUUUAGUGAAAUGGAUCGCAAUGUCAUUUCCUAAUACAAAGCAAGAUAUGUGGGAAGAAAAUGUACAAUUCUUUGAUUAAAAUUAUUUCCC